AUGUCGUACAACAAGGACAAGGACUUCGGCGACGCGCCCAAAACCCACAAGAUUCGCAUCACUCUUUCUUCCAAGAAGGUCGCCAGUCUGGAGAAGGUCAGCACCGAGCUCAUCGAGCGAGCCAAGAGCAAGGAUCUGCGCGUCAAGGGCCCCGUCCGCCUGCCCACCAAGAUCCUGAAGGUCACCACCCGAAAGACGCCUUGCGGUGAGGGUUCCAAGACCUGGGACUGCUACGAGAUGAGAAUCCACAAGCGCCUGAUCGACCUGAACGCGCCGACCGAGAUCGUCAAGCAGAUCAUCGUCAACAUCGAGGCCGGUGUCGAGGUCGAAGUCACCAUCGCCGCAUAA